AUGGCGACGCUUCACUUGUUCCACGUAGUGUACCAGUUCAUACGGACGGCCGCUACGCCUCUAGUACCACCACAACAGCCACUUUUGUUCGUGCUCGUGCCUCUCAUCCUAGUGCUGCUGCCUCUCAUCUGCCGGCGCCUCCAACACCGCCGCAACAACGCCGGCGAUGACGAGAGGAAGCAGUCGAUGACUCUGCUGCCGUCGCCUCCGGGGAGGCUGCCUGUCAUCGGCCACCUGCACCUCGUCGGCGACCUCCCGCACGUCUCCCUCCGUGACCUCGCCGCCAAGCACGACCUCGGCGGCGGCCUCAUGCUCCUCCAGCUCGGCGCCGUCCCGAACCUCGUCGUCUCCUCCCCGCGCGCGGCACAGGCAGUCCUACGCACGCACGACCAUGUCUUCGCCACGCGGCCUGCGCCCAAGGUCUUGGACAAAUUGCUCUACGGGCCGUCGACCAUCGCCUUUGGACCCUACGGCGACCACUGGCGCAAGGUAAAGAAGCUUGUCACCACGCACCUCUUCACCAUGAAGAAGGUGAACUCGUUUCGCCAUGCCCGCCAAGAGGAGGUGAGCCUGGUGAUUGCUAAGCUGAAGAAGGCCAUGGCAACAGGAAUGGCAGUGGACAUGAGCGAGAUGAUGAACUCGUUCGCCAACGACAUCAUGUGCUGCGUGUUGUCGGGCAAGUUCUUCAGGGAAGGAGGGAGGAACAAGAUCUUCCGGGAGCUGAGUGAGAUAAAUAUGUCCCUGUAUGCAGGGUUUAGCCUUGAAAACUAUUUCCCAGGGCUUGUGAAUUCGCUAGGUAUCUUCAUCAGGUUUGUGAGCAGAAAGGCGGAUAAGACGCACGAAAGAUGGGAUGAUGUGCUUGAAAAUAUCAUAAGGGACCAUGAGAGGCGAGAUGAGCAAGAAGAGACUGCAGACUUCGUCGAUCUGGUGCUCACUGUUCAACAAGAGUACGGUAUCACCAGAGAUCAUAUCAAAGCCAUCUUGAUGGACAUGUUCGAUGCGGGCACGGGCACAUCAUCCUUGGUGCUAGAAUUUGCCAUGGCUGAGCUCAUGCGCCAACCUCAUAUCAUGACAAAGCUACAAACUGAAGUCAGGAACAAGACACCAAAUGGACAGGAGAUGGUCAAGGAAGAGGACCUAGUUAGCAUGGCCUAUCUGAAAGCUGUCGUGAAGGAGACACUAAGGUUACACCCUCCUGCUCCACUCCUCUUGCCUCGCAAAUCCAUGGUGGACUGUGACAUUGAUGGGUAUAGAAUCCCCUCUGGAACUCGAGUCAUCGUCAACUCAUGGGCAGUCUGUAGACAUCUAGAGUCAUGGGAGAAAGCGGAGGAGUUCAUGCCAGAGAGGUUCAUGGAUGGUGGUAGCGCUAGCGCUGCUGCCAUCGACAUCAAGGGGAAUGACUUCCAGUUCAUUCCAUUUGGAGCUGGUAGAAGGAUGUGCCCUGGUAUGAACUUUGGAUUGGCCACUGUUGAGAUCAUGCUGGCAAACCUCAUGUACUGUUUUGAUUGGGGGCUGCCCGAUGGUAUGGAGAAGGAGGAUAUUGAUAUGACAGAGGUUUUUGGAUUGACAGUUCAUCGAAAGGAGAAGCUCAUGCUCGUUCCGAAACUACCUGGCACCGCUAGCUACGCAUAAUCUAAAGCGAUGCUCUGUAAAAGAUUAUAUAUGAAUGUGCUGCCUGCAUGUGAGUUUGUGUACCUAUUGUAUGUAUUUUAUGGGUUUAACUAGUUGUAUGCAUAGUCAAGAAAAAAAGUUGUAUGCACAUAUGUAUUGUA